GGGCAGGCAGUCUAAUGUGGAAGGAGCUGGAAGGCAGAAGCAAAGGAGCAGGGUUCAGGUCUGGAGUGCCAUUUUGAUUUCCCCUGUGACCUGGAGUACUCCCCGCCACUACAGGAAGACAGGGGCCUCCCCUGGACCUGGCGCCGCGUCACUGCCGAGGAGGCUUCCCGGAUGAACCUGCCAGAUGGGUCUGAGGAAGAUCGUGCUGAGGCGAUUCGCAGAGGCUCAUUCCUCUUCCUCAACGUCUCAGAAAACACCAAGCACUCCAUUCUGAGCCCCUGGGUGAGAAGCCACAGCGAACACUGCAUCUUGGAGGUGUCGGUGUACACUGCACGUCAAUCAGGAGGAAGAUACAGUGCCCAGAUCCUGCCCCAUGGGGAAGGCAGCAAGGAGAUGCUGCUGGCAUCGACUGCAGAAGGAUCCGGCUGGGUGGUGCUUCGGGGACGAAUUGGACGUCCAGAGAAACCUUUCCGCAUCUCCUUAGACUACAUCUCAAGUGAAAAUAGAAGCCUGUCUGCAGUGGACUCUUUUGCACUGAAGAACUGUAGUGAAGGGAUGUCACCUGGCUCCAAGAUGGCCCUGCAGAGCUUCUUCACCUGCUGGAAUGGAACCGUGAUAGCCCUGGGGCAGGCGUGUGACCUGCGCAGAGACUGCGUCCAUGGAGAGGAUGAAGGGGAGCUAUGUAGAAAACUCCCCACUGGCUUUUACUGCUCCUUUGAAGAAGGAGGUUGCGGCUGGACCCAGGACCCGCCCGCUCCUCAUGCUCCCCAGUGGCAGAUCGGGAAGCUGGAUGGAGCGCAAUUCUCGGCUCAGCAAGGCUACGUGCUGCUGCUCAACACCACUGAUGCUCCAGCUGCUGAGAGCACUGUACUGACCAGUGCUGUGUUUCCCGUGCCAAUGAAGAACUCUCCAUGCCAGGUCCAGAUGUCCUGGCUCAUCCAUGGGUUCUUGGGGGGAAAUGUUUCCCUGCUGCUGGUGGAGAACAAAACAGGAAAGGAGCAGAGCAGGAUGGUCUGGCAUUUUGCAAACGGUGAAGGUUUGAGUACCUGGCAAAGGAUGGUCUUGCCUCUCGCUGAGGUGUCAGACAGGUUUUGGCUCCAGAUUGUCACUUGGUGGGAAGAAGGUUCAGAUGCUGUCAUUGCUUUUGACAACGUGACCCUCAGCCUGGACUGCUACCUGACAAUCAGAGGAGAGGACACCACCCCGCUAGACUCAGCUCCCAACUCAAGCAACCUGUUCAACGAGAGAAACAUGUACAAGAAGGCAGUGACGGAGACCAAGACCUGGGAGACUGCACAUGGAGAAGUCCCCAUCUCUGACCCUACAGCACACUGGUUGUUCACUACAUGUGGGGCCAGCGGGCCCCGGGGCCCGACCCAGACACAAUGCAACAACGCCUACAGGAACUCGAACCUGACCGUGGAAGUCGGGGCCGAGGGGUCUCUGAAGGGCGUGCAGAUCUGGAGAGUUCCGGUCACCGACACAUACAGGAUUUCGGGAUACGGGGCAGCUGGAGGCAAAGGCGGGAAGAACACCAUGAUGAGAUCGUACGGGGUGUCGGUGCUUGGGAUUUUUGACCUUCAGAAGGGUGACACCUUGUACAUCUUGGUGGGACAGCAAGGAGAAGAUGCCUGCCCUCAUACAAACCAUGUGAUCCAGAAGGUCUGCAUCGGAGAGAGUAAUGUGAUUGAAGAGGAAAUCCAAGUGAACCGAAGUGUCAAUGAGUGGGCAGGAGGAGGAGGUGGUGGGGGAGGAGCCACGUACAUAUUUAAGAUUCUGGACGGGGAGCCGGUCCCUUUGAUUGUUGCGGCAGGAGGUGGUGGCCGAGCGUACAGGGCCAAAACAAACCCGCUGCACCCAGAGAGACUGGAAAAUGACUCCUCCGUUCCAGGGCUGAACGGCCAUUCAGGAGCCGCAGGUGGCGGAGGUGGCUGGAACGAUAAAACCUCCCUGCUCUGGUCGGGAAAGUCCUUGCUGGAAGGGGGCGACGCGGCCAUGGACAAUGACCCCGAGGUGGACGGGGAGGAUGGGGUGUCUUACAUCAGUCCACUGGGCAUCCUGUACACCCCGGCUCUGAAAGUGAUGGAGGGCCAUGGGGAGGUGAACAUUAUGCAGCACCUAAACUGCAGCCACUGCGAGGUGGACGAGUGCCACUUGGACCCCGAGACCCACAAGAUUAUCUGCUACUGUGAUCACGGCACAGUGCUCGCUGAGGACGGGGUCUCCUGUGUAGCAUCUCCAACAACGUCCCCGCACCUGCCCCUCUCUCUAAUCCUGUCGGUCGUGACUUCUGCCCUCGUGGCUGCCCUGGUCCUGGCCUUCUCGGGGAUCAUGAUUGUCUACCGACGAAAGCACCAGGAGCUCCAGGCUAUGCAGAUGGAGCUGCAGAGCCCGGAAUACAAGCUGAGCAAGCUCCGCACUUCCACCAUCAUGACAGACUACAAUCCCAACUACUGCUUUGCGGGCAAGACCACGUCCAUCAGCGAUCUGAAGGAGGUUCCUCGCAAACACAUCGCCCUCAUCCGGGGGCUGGGCCACGGUGCCUUUGGGGAGGUGUAUGAAGGGCAGGUUUCUGGCAUCCCCAAUGACCCCAGCCCGCUGCAGGUGGCUGUAAAGACACUGCCCGAGGUAUGUUCAGAACAGGAUGAGCUGGAUUUCCUCAUGGAAGCACUUAUCAUCAGCAAGUUCAACCACCAGAACAUUGUGCGCUGCAUCGGGGUGAGCCUGCAGGCCCUGCCUCGCUUCAUCCUCCUGGAACUCAUGGCCGGCGGGGACCUGAAGUCCUUCCUCCGUGAGACCCGCCCGCGCCCGAGCCAGCCGUCCUCUCUGGGCAUGCUGGACCUGCUCAAUGUGGCGCGGGACAUCGCCUGUGGCUGCCAGUAUUUGGAAGAAAACCACUUCAUCCACCGAGAUAUCGCUGCCAGGAAUUGUCUCUUGACUUGUCCAGGUCCUGGAAGAGUGGCCAAGAUUGGAGACUUCGGGAUGGCCAGAGACAUCUACAGAGCAAGCUAUUACAGGAAGGGAGGCUGUGCGAUGCUUCCAGUUAAGUGGAUGCCCCCCGAAGCCUUCAUGGAGGGGAUCUUCACUUCCAAAACAGACACAUGGUCCUUUGGAGUGCUGCUGUGGGAAAUAUUCUCCCUUGGAUACAUGCCCUACCCCAGUAAAAGCAACCAGGAAGUUCUGGAGUUCGUCACCAGUGGAGGUCGGAUGGAUCCACCAAAAAGCUGCCCUGGGCCAGUGUACCGGAUAAUGACCCAGUGCUGGCAGCAUCAGCCCGAAGACAGACCCAACUUUGCCAUCAUCUUGGAAAGGAUUGAGUACUGCACCCAGGACCCAGAUGUAAUCAAUACUGCUUUGCCAGUAGAAUAUGGCCCAUUGAUUGAAGAGGAAGAGAAGGUGCCCAUGAGACCCGAAGAUCCCGAGGGAAUCCCUCCCCUCUUAGUAUCCCCUCAGCAAGAGAAAAAGGAGGAGGGGCGGGCUCCCCCAGCUCCCCCGCCCCUGCCCACUUCCGCUGCCUCUCGCAAAGCGAUGACCAGGGCAGCCGUGGCCGAACCCCCGCCCCGCGUCCGCAAGGGGCCGGCUUUGGAAGGAGGACAUGUCAACAUGGCGUAUUCCCAAUCCAAUCCACCGUCGGAGCUACAUAAAGGCCGGGGGUCGAGAAACAAACCAACCAGCCUGUGGAACCCAACGUAUGGCUCCUGGUUUACAGAGAAACCUGCCACCAAACACAAUCCCCCAGCAGAGAAGGAACAGCCGCCUGAGAGGGGAAGCGCGGGACAUGAAGGAAACUGUCCUGUCCCACCCAACGUGGUGACUGGCAGGCUGCCAGGCUCCUCCCUGCUUUUAGAACCAUCGUCCCUGACUGCCAGCCUGAAGGACGUGCCUCUGUUUAGGCUCCGCCACUUCCCGUGUGGGAACGUCAACUACGGCUACCAGCAGCAAGGCUUACCUUUGGAGGCCACCAGCGGCUCGGGCACUGGCAAUUACGAGGACUCCCUCCUAAGAAACAAGAGUAGCGGCUCCCAGCCCGGCCCCUGAGCUGGCUACGCCCUCGCUGCUCCCCCAGCUCUGGGGCCCUUGACUCUGCGGUGGAGAGAGAGAAGGCAAACACCGCUACCUUUCGAUUUGUGCCAACUCGCUCUAAAGUGCCACCUACAUACGCCGUGGUUUCGGAACGCACGGUGAGGGUUGUGAGCGUGGGUUCUCCCCCUACUCCGGAAGAAUAUAUCCUAAACAGAAUUUGAGUGCUGACUGCAAGGCCCAGAUUUGGUUGCAUAAGCCUCCAUGCAUGGUUGUCCCGCACUAUUGCCGCGUGUGCUCUGCUUCAAAGUAAGGGCAGGCUAGCUGCCUCCGUGUUCCAUAGUUUGGGUCGCCGGUGUUGUUUCCUUACCUCGUUGUUGUCAUGUUCCAUCUUGGGGAGCAGGGUUAGGGAGGGGCUGAGGGAGGGAUCCAGCAUUGUUAGGUAGAGCAUCAUUUUCCUGAAACACAAAGAAGUGGACAAUUAACUUUGAUAAAUAAGUUAGGACUGAGGCAUUUCCCACUGCGCUAGCCCCUCUGAGGAUAUGGAAAGGCAGGGAGCCGCUAAGAUACUGACCAAGAUGUUUUAUACUGGCACUGGAAAGAUGCUUCCGGCGGUAGACCAAACCAGUAUAAAAAUUCAAGGAUGAAAUAUCCUUUAACAGGCCCCACCCCUGUCAGAGGAAAUCACAAAGUAUCCAAAUAGUCUGAGGUGCCCUUUGAGAAUGAGAAUUCCAGUGGCUUAAACCAGCACGAAAAUAAUAAAGCUUGUUUCUAGUUUUUUAAAUCCUCAUGUGCGAUAGCUGACUGAAGAUCCAAAGAAAUGUGCAGAAUUUUAGUAGCAGCAACGCACUGCCAAGGACUAAAAAUGUAUCCACUCAGAGGCCAGAUGCCAACAAGAAACAUACCAAGUACUACUAACAAACAUUAGGGCCUUGCAGUGAAAUAAAUAGAGCCAUAGCAACUGGAGCAGCAUAACACCUAAACAAAUAUGGCAUAAAAAGAUGUUGAAUCAGAAGCUCUCUUUUGAGCAGUUAGCCUCUCUUUCCCUCUACUCCUUCCCUGACAGGCCCGGUCUGACACAGGGGAAGGAAAGGUGGUGUUAACUGAAAUUUCUCCCCAGGCUUCUUCACCCAACACCACCAUGAGAAAACUCUGCCUUUGAUUUCAGGGAAGAGACCAGUUUACCACCACCUGUUUCAGAGGCCUGACUACUUCUUCCAAGGGUCACCCUACUUUUCUGUUCUCCCCUUUAAUAAACUGGGUUAUAGAUCAGUCUAUACUCACUUCCUGCAGAGGCUUUCCUUUGUCCCAUUAAAACUGCAUACCCAUAAUUUUCUUUUCCUUUCCCCAUUGCCCGCUCUCCCUGAUGGGCAUAGUGGCUGAUCUGUCCUAUCCUGGGAAAGCAAUUUCUCUUUAGAGCUUGUGGUUCCAAAGCCCCAGAUUGAGAAUCCCUUCUCUGUCCUGGGGCUCUUCCUAGAGCAGCUUCCUUUUUAGUCUGGUUACAUUCAAAGAUGUCUUUGAAUCAGCAGGUAAUAAUAACUGUGGCAUUUGUUAAGUGCUUACUAUGUGUCAAGCACUGUUCUAAUCGCUGGGGAAAGCCUCCUGCCACGGCCUAGCUAGAGUCAGUGCCCCAGUGAGGUAAGAAGAAAAAAACAAAACAUCUAUCAUUUCGUUUCCUUUCUGCAUUUACAUUCAAAAGGACUUAAUGAAAGGAGUAGUGCCUUUAGGCAACAUAUUUAGCUGCUGACUUUGUGGCCCAGAAAAAGACUUUAAACCCUCAGUGCUGCUAAAAAAAAAAAAAAACCUACUGACUGAAUGGAUUUCAGACUGACUUUUCUAGGGCCAACUUUUCUGUCAAGGAAGUUACACCAUGUUCAAAAUUUUUUUAAAAAGCCUAAAUAGAGAACAGUGGCUUAAAACCCCACAUCAGGACCAAGGCAAGGAAGCUCCCCCAUGAUACUCCACUAGUAUCUUUGGGUGCUAGUUAUGCUCCUAUGGGGAACAAAGUUGGGCUCUGGCCUCCCUGCAUGUUAUCCACCCUGAUUUGCUGCCCUUUCUAUUUAGUCUGGGUGAGAAACAACGGAUUGACUGCAGUAGAAAGUGUCAGUGAUAGCCUAACCUGCAUGACAACAAAAAAUUUGAUUUCAAAAAGGCAAUCACAACCCAACAUGGGAGAUACCCAGUACCAUUUUUCAUUUCUUAAAAAGAGGCCACCAGCAAAGUUUGGUGACAUGAACAUUUCCAAUUUUGGAUAAAUUCCCAAAUCUGUUGCACUGGACUCUCAGUAAGCACUCAGUAAGCACUCAUAAAUGCCAUUGAUUGAUUAAUCUUGUGAGUGCUCUAAAAUGAGUGGAACACUAGAAAGGGAGUCAGGAGAUCUGGCUUCUCAUCUCAAUUCUGCCACUGACUUCCUGAGAGAGCUUAAACGAAUUAUAUUACCCCCAUCUGGCUACCAACUGGGCUAUUAACUGCCUUCCAAGGAUGUUAUGAGGAUACAAUAUUAAACUCUCAGCCUCAUCCUUCAUAUUGGAGCAUAGCUGAAUGGAAAGGGAACUACAGCAGCUGAUUUAUAAGAGGCAUGAAACUAAAAUUUGAAAAGCCAACGCCCCCUUACCUUUCUGUCAGCAAAGAAGCAGCUGCUACAUCUGCAAAGGGCCUUCAGCCUGAAGCAGCUGGAAAUUCAAUUUGCUCAGAAUGGCAGCAGUCUUCAGAUUAAGAGAGUAGCCUCUCUGAGAUUUUCAUAACCCCCAACCUGGGCAGAAGAGUGAUUAGGGGCUAGGAAUUAGAAUAUCCAAAUUCAAUUUUCUACCUUUCCUGUGCAUUCCCAAUCAAUCUUCCUCAUAGGGUUCAGGGUCGUUCCAGCCCAGCUCCGCAGACCUCUGUUCCUCACCCUCAGUUUUCCGGACCUGUGAAGGAUUAACCAAGUAGUUCAGAAAAAUCAUGCUCAAGUUUUAGCUUCACUGCCAUUCCACUAAAAAUAAACACUUUAAAAUUGGCUUCUCCUAUAAGAGAUUUGGAGAAGAGAUGGAGAGCAGAAGUGGUAGUUCUGAAACUUUUCUGUUGUACAACUAACUUCUAGUGCCAUGUUUACAUAAUGUUUUAAUUCCUAUCUCAAAUAUGCAUAUUUUUAGACAAGCACCUCUGUAAGGAGGAGUGGUAAGACUUUUGUCGAACUGUCCCUAACCAAUCAACAGUAUUUACUGAACACCUGCUACUGUGUUCAGAUCACAGGGUUAAGCAUUUGGGAGAAUGUACCAGACACUGUGCAAAAGGACACAGUCCCUGCCGUCAGGGAUUUACAAUCUAAUUGCAGAGAGUGGGGCAGGCGUACAUUAUUUACAAACAGGGGGCAAGGAGAACAAGAUCACACAGCAGGCAGUAGCAUAAAUCCGAAAGAAACUGCAGAAUAAAUAAUUCAGUGUGAUUUUACAUACAUAUAAGUGCUAAGGAAGGAGAUAAAUACCCAAGUUCCAAAGUCGCUCCUUGGGUUGAUGCAGCAGCUUCCCUUUCAUUGAGGGGCAGGGGACUGGAAUUCAGGAUAUUCAGAAGGUAGCUUCACCUACAGAGGUCCCGUCUUUGUGUCCUGUGUUCUUAGAAAGACACAGUUUAGGUUGAAAGGCCCAAAUAUCAAGCUGCUGAGGAGAAAAAACAUUUUUUCAAAGGAGCAUUGUUUCUUUCAUGACUCUCAUUGGAAAACACACUGCAAUUCCUCCAGUUAAACAAUGUUAUGUAACUGAAGGUUUUAUUUCCCUUGAAAAUCAGGUCCCACCUUAGCCCAAGAAAAAUCCCUGCUAAGAACCCCAAACCUUUCUGAGUCUAGGGUACUGCACUGCACACUGCCUCUACAGAACCCAGAUAUCACUCUUCCCCAGUUCACACUUUAGCAGUACUGAGAACAUAUACAGUUUCUUGAGCAAGAACAGGACAUAUCUGAAUUAAAAUCCUUCAGGAAUGAGGGUUUGAAAUGGAAGCCUGCAGCUUGAGUGAGGGUAAACUAAACCUCUGUCGGGUGCUCAGAAAGCAUCCUGUUGAGCUGUCGGAAGGAGAAUGACAGAGCACUGUACCAAGCACUUUGUACAGUGCUCUGCACAUAAUAAGCGCUCAAAAAAUUCAAUUGACUGACUGGUUCUCUGUCUUUACACUAUUUCAGCCCCAAUCAUUUCACCCCACUCCAUUCUGCUUGAAUCGGGUGGUUUGACUGCACUGACUUUGCACAACUGGGUCAGAGGGGAGGUAGCUCUGUAAUGCUCCCCCCACUCAACUUGAUUUAACUACUUAUGCUGAACUGGACCCAGCAUAGGUCACCAGCAUCCACUAAAUCAAUCAAAGGUAUUUACUGAGCAUUUACUGAGUAUACACCACUAUAUCGGUGAUAGCCUAACCCAGCAGUUUAUUGGGGUGUAAACCAUACGUUAGCAGCCUAAUUGAACUGUGCAACUGUCUAUCGGUACCCCCCCCAACUCUGCUCCUCUUUUCCAUCACCCCCAGUCUCCAGCAACUCUAAUAGAUGCUCUCCAGCUAGACUGGGGAUCUGCAGGGGAACCCAGACCAAUAGAAAAGUUGCCCAUGCUUCCCCAAAAGUAAGUAUUAAUUAUUGAAAGCAGAUAAUAUCACAGCAAACUGGGAGAGAGAUUUUUUCAAUGCACAAUUACAAGAACAAAGCGCUACUUCAAUAUCUAGUUACAUUGCUUAUGGCUUUAUAAGUCUCAGAAUCAUUCAGUAAGAAGAAUGCCUUCUCACAUACCAUUUUGAAUGGGAUUUAACUAGGGAAACUUUAGCCAAAAAGGGAAGCAAUGAGAUGGGCUUCUCACUAGACUCUCUGGCUCUGCCAUGAUAUUUUCCUUUUCACCAGCAGAGUGCUUUACCUAAUCAAUGAAAGCUCAUCAAAGCUCAACUGCCAAAGGAAAAGGUGAAUCCAGUCCCAACCUAAAUGAACUAUUGCCAAGUCUUCUAGGGACCAAAUGACCCCUUUCCUACAAUCUAUUAAACAUUUCGAGAUUGCCUCAAUAGCUCACUAACCGGCAGAACAGAAUACCUUUCUAUAUGUUACAAAAAGUAACCUAAAAGACCACAGCACUUUAGAAAAGAUAUCAUAUCCCUGAGUGUUUUGGGUGCAUAUUUCUUUUUCUAGGGGUCACCAUGACAACUGCUUCUAGCACACUUCACUGACUGCCAAGUCCUUGUGGCCUCUUUUGCAUGACAAUAAUAACUGUGGCAUUUGUUAAGCACAUACUAUGUGCCAAGCACAGUUCUAAGCACUGGGGUAGAUACAAGUUAAUCAGGUUGGGCGACACAUUCCCUGUCCAAAUAAAAGCCAUGAUGCCCAGGGCUUCUGGGACUUUCCCCAACCAACUAUUACCUUCUAAGAAUAAGUGAUGACUGAGAACUCCACCAAGGUCAGUAGGGCCACAAAGGCCAUUUUUCUCCCCGAGAUGGGCAAUCUCUAACCCGAAGCUGCUGAAGGCACCCCCAAUGUGUGACUGUCAAGAAAGGUAAGCCAGAAAAGUCACUGAAUUGACACUAACUCCAUUUUGGAGAAGUCACCGUGGCUUUCAACAUGUUUGUCUCUAGCACAUACAAAAAAAAAAGAAAAAAAAAAGCUAUAGUAAAAGCUUCCUAGUAAAAGGAAAAUGCUAUCUCAAUCCACCCAAUAAAUGGCAAGGAAAGUAUAAGACCCCUUCUUUGGGUAAUAAGCAUUAGGCUCUAAACAAUACUUGGUGUUACCUUAAGUGAUUAGCUUGUUCCCCUCACAUCUCUGAGGGGUGAAAGGCUGACAGGAACACUUACCUCUAAAUUUCAGGUGGAGGAAGUAAGAGGCACAGCGUUGAUUUUUCCCAUGGCAGUGCAGUGUAAUAGCAUCAAGUCAGGAACAGAAGCUUGGCAUCCAGAAUUUCGGGCUUUUUCUAAAAUCCCUUCUGAGACAGAGAACAGGAUUUCAAGCAGGGAACUGCACAGUUUAAAAUGCUGGGCUAUAGUAUUUCAGGUUCUUUGGUAAUGCACUGAGUCCAGUAGCAAAAUAUAUUCAUCAGUGACUUCAACAAGACUGAAAUCUGAACUACUUACCCCGCUACUGAACUUAUUCUGUAUAAAAAGAGAAAACCAGUGUGCCCUCCUGUUAAUUUAGCCCUCUUCAAGACCAUUAAAAUUCACUGUAAAUCUAUUUUCAAAGCUGGAUAGUAAUAACCCUGCUUCACUUCAAAGGACUGUGCUGAGACAGUUCUCAUCAAUGACAGAGGUUACUGAGUGAGAUUCAGCUGAGCCUCUGGAGUCAGCUCAGACCAGAAAUAAGAUAGCAAGCCUUGAAGACACACAUGUGUUUUCAACAUGUUUCUUUCCAGGCUGCUGACUUGAAGGGUUUAGCACAAAAGGAAAUAAAACAUCAGCUCAGCUUUCACUGAGUUUUGUCUAAUUCAAGUAGAGCCACAAAGGAUCUUUUUAAGAUUAAGUUUAGAGAAAAUAGCCUAAGACUGAUUUGUGACAAGGAAGGCACAGUAGUUGGAUAUUUAAUUCCCAGGGCUUUAGAAAUCCUUAAAAUAUAACGCAGUGCCAGUGAAAUGCCAGUAAGUGCAACCCUGUAUGACUUCAUUUAGCCAAUUCAUGAAACAUUCACUGCAACGUAGAAAACUAGCCUAGUUCCUCCUGAGAAAAAUCCAAGUGUUAUUAAAAACACACGCCUGUGAAGCAGAAUUCUCUCAUUUUAAAAAUCCAGGCGGAAUCUCAAAAACCCAGGCAAUCCUUGAGAAGUUUAAUAGGUGAGUAAAUAAAUACCUCACAACAGCAACAAACCCAUCAGACUCAGUUGAGGAAUCAAGUUUAAGCAGAUAUAUAGCUUGUGUGCAGAAUUCAUUGUUCCUAAAACACCACCUGCUAUUUUAAGGCUUAUAUCCUCUACUUUAAACCAUUCAGUUACAGGGACCUCACUGUAUACCCCAUGCCUUUCUAUGAAAAAUGUAGGUAGACAUAGAGAAUGAUGCUUAAGCACAAAUCACUGCCGCUUUAUCAUGUUAGAUCGUGUUUUGAGGGGAUAAGAGGAAAAAAAAAACCCAAAAACUAAGAAGUCUUUUUACCAUUGCAAACCAUUUAGGAGUCCUCCCUAAGGAAGAGUCUGUAGUCAGGGUCAAGGACUCCUCUGCAAUGCAUGCUGCCAUCCUCAGUAAUGCACACUCAUCUAACCCUUUUUGCUCCCUCCCCAGAAAGGAGAUUUAGCAAAUUUAUCUGAAGAAAAACUCCUUUGGCAUAUGCAAAGACAUGUUUCGCUUGUUAAAAAAAAAAAAAAAAAAAAGGUCCACCUUGUUCAAAUCCAGGCAACACAGAACUUCAUUAGGAAUGUCUUUUGUAUGUAUAGCAGCUUAUGUGACACUGUUUAUAAAUAAGGGCCUAUGCACUUCAGGGAUACUAUUAUGAGACAAAUAUUACUAAUAAUAUAUAUGGUAAUACGAGUUUUGUAUUGACUAUUGUAUUUGUAUUGUAAACAGUGUAGUGAAGCAAAGGCAUGAAGAAAAAUGAAAAAUAAAAUUCUCAUUACUGGCUUG